GUAGUUUUAAUUUCCACCACUGCCUCUAAUUGCAUGUCCCGUAUGCUCCAGCUAUUAAACACUGUAAAAAAAAAAAAAAAAAAGCAAAAGUAGGCUUGGCCAAAUUCCCUGAACUCUGCUAAUCUACACAUCAUCUCCUUCCUUUCUGCAGACGCUAUCGAUCCGUCCGGCUUUACGUCAGUAUCGAUAACUUUGCCAAAGCAGAAAAAAAAAAAAUCAAGUGCAAUGUCCAGUUAAUGUCGGGGGACGGAGCCUCGUGCACACUUUCUACUUUCUCCUAAAAACAACAACAGUGUUCCUGUGUGGCUCCACAGAAACAUGUGUGCACAGCUGUCAAACCCCGAGCCUCAUGUUGGCUCUUUAUUUAUCCCUCUCUGUUCGCUGAUCGCUGUUUAACGAGAGGGGGGAAUCCAGCCCACAUAUUUAUUGCAGCCGCUGAAAAAAAAUCUCCUCAAUAUCCCCCAAGAUGGCCGCCGAUGUAGGAUCGAUGUUUCAAUAUUGGAAGAAAUUUGAUCUCCGGCGGCUCCAGAGGGAGCUAAACUCGGUGGCGUCUGAACUCGCCGGUCGACAAGAGGAGAGCGAACAUUCCCACAAAAACCUGCUGGAGCUGAGCAGGGAGUUCAAGAGAAAUGUCCCUGAGGAGGUCCGGGAGAUGGUGGCACCUGUUCUCAAGAGUUUCCAGAACCAGGUGGUUGCUCUGAACAAACGCAGCAAAGAGGCCGAGUCGGCGUUCCUGGGAAUCUACAAACAGCUGAUCGAGGCCCCGGAUCCAGCUCCGGUGCUGGAGGCCUCACACACCCUGGAGGAAAGGCUGCAGCACCUGCACAGCAAGGCCCCCGACAGCGAGGCCCUGGUGAGAGAAAUCAGCGGGCACUGGAAGAGACACCUGGAGUGCCUUCAACAGACAGAGUCCUCAGAGUCAUCAGGGACCCUCGAGGCCCCAGGAUCCUCUCCUGCCUCCCUGAUGACGCCCAACAGCACGCCGGGCCCCGGGGCCUCCGAGUCCCCGCAGCAGAACCACCAGGACCGAGGGGACGAAGAGGAGAGCGCUAACGUUGGAUUGUCUGACCGACUAUCAGAGGCCAAGGAGAAGAUCAAAGUUCUGCAUUCAUCUCUGAACACUGCACAGACAGAGCUGCUGGACCUGCGGUGUAAAUACAACCAGGAGAGGACCAACAAGGCGGAGGAGGUGGACGCCAUCGUGCUGAACCUGGAGAAAGCCAACCAGAGAGCAGAGAAGGCCCAGAGGGAGGUGGAGAGGCUAAAGGAGCAGAUAUCCACGGCGGGGAGGGGUCGUCCAGCAGAGGGCAGCAGCAGCAGCAGCAGGCUGGAGGCCUCUCUGCUGGUCAAAGACCGAGAGAUGCUGCGUCUGCUGGAGAACAUCCAGCGGCUGCAGUUCACUCUGCAGGAGGUGCAGGAGAGCUCGGCCAAUCAGAUGCUAGAGCUGGAGCGCCAGCUGGCCUAUAAGACGGAAGCUAUCGAGAGAUUAGAAGCUAAACUGCAAUCCCAGAUGGAUUAUGAAGAGAUUAAAACUGAACUCAGUAUCCUCAAGGUGAUGACGCUGGCUUCAGCGAACGGCAGCUCGUCCCAGGAGUCUACGAAGGCUGCAGAGGCCAUUCUUCUGGAUAAAGAAGCCUUUCUUCCGUCCCACAAAUACCUGGUGGAAAAGGCCCGCAUUUUGCACAACGUUGAUGACGAGCGGUCUGAGGACACAGGUAGGGAGUCAGCCAGACCCCCCCCCUCUCUCUCCUCCUCCUCCUCCCACCUGGACGUCCGUACCUCCCCACCUAUGAACGGAUCCUCCUCCAAUCACGACCUCCCCCUCCGCCCCUUCUCCGUCUCCCCCCUAUCCUCCGGGGACAGGCUGUCUGGAGACCACGUCCUCCACAAGACGCUGCUCUCCUCUCCUCUCCACUUUAAGAAGGAGGGUCUCAUGGCCUUCCCCAGCGCUCUCUAUGCAGCUAAAGUGGCCCUGAUGUCGGGGUCCAGCAGCGGGGACGCAGGCCUGCCCAGCGACCAAUCAGAAAGCGGCAGCUCCACGACGGGCGAUGACGACCAGCUGGACACGUCCGACAUCGCAGUACAGGUGAAGGAGCAGCUGCUGAAGCACAACAUCGGGCAGCGGGUGUUCGGGCACUACGUCCUGGGUCUGUCUCAGGGCUCCGUCAGCGAGAUCCUGGCCCGGCCCAAACCCUGGAGGAAGCUCACGGUGAAGGGGAAGGAGCCGUUCAUCAAGAUGAAGCAGUUCAUCUCCGACGAGCAGAACAUCCUGGCUCUGAGGACCAUCCAGGUCCGACAGAGAGGGAGCAUCACUCCUCGCAUCCGAACUCCUGAAACUGGGUCAGACGACGCCAUCAGGAACAUCCUGGAGCAAGCCAAGAAGGAGAUCCAGUCCCAGAGGGGAGGCGAGGGGCGGUCUCUCCUCAGCUCGUCGUCGGGCCGCAGCAGCAUCGGGCCGGGCAGCAGCUCCGAUGACACCAUAAAGAACAUCCUGGUGCAGGCGAGGAGGGAGAUGGAGGCGCAGCAACACGCCAUCAUGGAGAUGGAGGUCUGUGGGAGGAGCCCCUCUGUUGGAUCCGGCCCUCAGGUGGAGCGUCUGGGCCCCCCCGAGCGCUCCAGAGCCCCACAGAGACCCCUGUCCAUCAAACAGGAAGAGGGUGGAGUCACCCUCUGCAUGGCUAACCCAAUCAGCAGCCCGCAGACCCCCCUCAGCGUCCUCUCCCCCGCUGCUUUCGUGCAGAACAUCAUCCGCAAAGUGAAGUCUGAAAUCGGGGAGGUGGGGAGCUACUUCGACCAGCACUGGAGCCACGAGCGGGGGUCCAUGGUGCUCAGUGGAGGAGGGAGUUCUCUACCUUUUAAUUCAGUCUCCCCCUCCCUGUCUUCCACCUCCUCCUCUGGACCCCCAGUUCUCCCCCGACCGUGGCCCCGCCUGGAAAAUGGAGAGUUUCAAACAAACAGUGAGGAGGCAUCGGGGGCCGAGGAGGAGCUGAGUUCAUUCACUAUGUUCCCAACACUUAUGAAGGUGGUGGAGGUGAAGGUGGAGUCGGACACCUCUGUGAGCGGGGAGUCUCCGGGUCCAGGACCACGAGGAGGACUCUCUUACUAUCCGGCUUACAUCCCGCGCGCCCUGAAGCCCACCGUGCCCCCGCUGACCCCAGAGCAGUAUGAGAUGUACAUGUACCGCGAGGUGGACACGCUGGAGCUCACCCGCCAGGUGAAGGAGAAGCUGGCUAAGAACGGCAUCUGUCAGAGGAUCUUUGGAGAGAAGAUCCUGGGUCUGUCUCAGGGCUCUGUGUCCGACAUGCUGUCCCGACCCAAACCCUGGAGCAAACUGACUCAGAAAGGUCGCGAGCCGUUCAUCCGCAUGCAGCUGUGGCUCCUGGACCAACUGGGCCAGAGCCUCAACCCGCCCCUCCACCACGGACACACUCUGGAUGCAGAUCAGAGCCCGGUGACGGCCCAGUCGUCCCCCUCGCCGCCCCCCUCCCCCGCUGAGAGCCCCCUGGAGCCCGGCAGCCUGUCUCUGGAGAGCAGCAAGGAGAACCAGCAGCCAGAGGGCCUGCUGCUGCCCCCCCACCCCGAUGGAGGGAAGCCUCCCCCCGGCCUCAUGGCCCCCCAGCAGCCGCCCCAGCCGCUGGGCAUCCAGGAGCUGGUGGCCGUCGCCUCGGAGCUCGACACCUACACUAUCACCAAGAAGGUGAAGGAGGUGCUGACAGACAACAACCUGGGCCAGCGUCUGUUCGGGGAGACGGUCCUGGGCCUGACGCAGGGCUCCGUGUCCGACCUGCUCUCCAGACCAAAGCCCUGGCACAAGCUGAGCCUGAAGGGCCGCGAGCCGUUCGUCCGCAUGCAGCUGUGGCUCAACGACCCGCACAACGUGGACAAGCUGCGGGCCAUGAAGAAGAUGGAGAAGAAAGCGUACCUGAAGAGGCGCUACGGUCUGCUGAGCACGGGUUCGGACAGCGACUCCCCGAGCGUCCGGUCGGAGUGUGUGAGCCCGGCGCUGGCCUCUCUGGACCUCUGCCCCUACAGCCAGGCCAAGAAAAUCCGGGUGGUGCUGGGCGCUGAGGAGAAGGAGGAGCUGAGGAAGGCCUACCUCCUGGAGCCAUACCCCUCCCAGAACACCAUCGAGAUCCUGGCCUCGCAGCUCCACCUGAAGACCAACACCGUCAUCAACUGGUUCCACAACUACAGGUCCAGGAUGCGACGGGAGGUUUUGAUGGAGGGUCUGCAAGACAACGACAUGGAUGCUGAGCCUCACAGCUACUCUCCCUCAGCGACACGGAGCCCGCCCUCAGAAGGGGAGGACCGCAGACCCCCUUCAGGACACAUCCACACCUCCCUGCCUCACGUCAAACAGGAAGAAGAGGGAGGUGAGCUGAUGAAGUCCUCCAGGGUCCAGUGUUUCUCCACCGCCGUGCAGUUCCCACAGCUGAAAAGCGAGCACGAGGAUGCAAUGUCUGGAUGUCGGGAGCCUCAUCUGGAGGGGAUGAGCAGCCCGGGUCAGGGUCUGUACGCUGACGGCCCCCAGAGGAACAUCCAGUCCAGGCAUGAAGGAGUGGGGGAAGAGUCUGGGAAGUCCCCCGUGGAUCCGGUGAGCUUCAAGGCUUCGUCGGAGCCGUGCCGCAGCAGUUUGGAAGUUUCCCUGAACUCCCCGUCCGCAGCGUCCUCCCCCGGCCUCAUGAUGUCCGUCUCCCCCGUCCCCUCUUCCUCCGCCCCCAUCUCGCCCAACCCCCCCUCCACGAGCACCAAUCACAGCCUGGACCCCGGCCAGCUGCAAAGCCCCAAAGUCAACAGAAGCAGUCAGAGACGCAACGAGAAAAUGGCCAACCUCAAUAACAUCAUCCACAGGUUAGAGAGGGCGGCCAAUCGAGAAGAAACACUGGAGUGGGAGUUUUAAUUAAACCCCCCCCCACCAACGUCUUUUUGCUUGUAUGUAGUACGGAUGACCCUCGCGGCACACAAGGGGGUCUCAAAUUAAAUCUUCCUCGGAGUGGAGCCUGGCUCCUGAAAAGACUGAAAACUCACCGGGAAAAGCUAAACUGAAUUCCCUGCAAGAACUAAAAAAAAAGUUUAUAAUUGUGUAUUUGUUGUUUUUCUUUUGAUAAUGCAUACUACUUUGAGAUAUAUGUGACAGCACUAGCUGUUGUUUUACCUAUUGGACUUGACAUGAAGACUUUUGCAGCUAUGGUGUCAUAAAAUGUACACUGAAGUUCUGUAGAUUGCCACUGGGUGAGAUUAAAAAAAGACCCCUGUCUUAAGCCAUUAAAAGCACUAUAACUAUUUGAAAAAGAGACAUUGACCAAAUUUGCUACUUUUUGAAUAGCAAUUUUUCAGAUUUUGUCUGUAAGACUGGACAGUUUAAGUCAUGUAACAUGAAAUCCUACUGACUGAGGGAUAGUCCUUUAAGACUCUAAAUACUCAACAUCUUGUAUGUAACUUAGUUUCUUGGUGAUAUGUUUUGAACUAUUUGUAACUCACACGUAUAAAAUGUGGUUGUACAUGUUGUAGAAUUGUCUGCAAUAGCCUUCUCUAAACCUGAUGUAGCAUGGUACUCACCUGACCCUGUUAUCCUCUGUAGUUAGUCACCUGUGAUUAUACUUGAGCGAAAACAAGAGAAAAAAAAAGUUGAAAACCCUGCAAAAAACAAGAAAAAAGGAGAAUCGAAUGAGUAGAGUACUUUUAGUGUUUCUGUUUUCUUUCUUUGUAUAAUCCUUGAGGUUUACAGUUUAGGGCCCUUGUGCUUCAGUAAGUGAGACGUUCACUACACGAGCACAGUUUACACGGUUUCUUUCAGAUUUACCUCUCUGACCCUCCAAGGCGCUGGUUCUCAGACUGUAACAGGACACCUGGUUUACCUCAGAUUAUGUUGAUGCACAUCAUGCAAUGACCAUGUGUUUCAUUCUUAUACAUAAACAUGACACACACUUAUAGAGUGGUG